CACGUUUGUUAAAUCUAUAUACGGUUUUUAGCAUUGUCUUAUAACGAGACAUACAAAACGGGAUUAGAGUUAUUUUAAAGUACUAUAUUUUCUACUGGAAAAGGUUUUUUUAUCUGAACUUGAAAUAUGGAGUCCACAGUGGAAAGAAAACGGCGUAUUUACGGUCCGAUUCGGAACCUCCAAGUGGAGGAAAUCAGGAGUCGCCUGUCCAAGAGUUGUGUUCUGAAACCUGGGGAAUAUAAUUAUACUGACGACAAAUUGAAAGCUGUCAAUUAUGGCACCAGUUACGACACGGAUUUUCCCAAAACCAAGUCGGCCAACAAAGAGGCACAGUUUGUUCCCAUAGGUAUGCCAACAGGAGCCAUUCCGGACCCGAGCAACAACCAGGAACAGAAAGGCCAGUUGACACAUCACUUUGAGAUGGGUAACGACAGCGGAGCCGCAGUAGAUGUCAAAACUUACCAAGACAGUACUACCAAGGUCGACUUCCAAGAAAAGCCAUACAGCAAGACGGAUAUGGUGGUGAGCAGCAAAGAAAUCAACUGGCCGGACAUGGCGCCUAGAUAUAUGACCAGUAGGAAAAUGGAGGAUUCCGAAUACGCUUCUAAUUACAAUCCCGGGCUAGAGAAGUCAGCAGCAGAAUCAGCGAUGUUUCCCAGGCUGAACACCUCUAAGAUGCAGCUACCCAUAGACCAGUCACGCUUUAAGCGACAUCGCGGAACCAAUAUCACUUUUGGUAGUGAUAACCCCAGCAUAUUCAGUGAGAGCCAACGUGUGUUUGGAGUGGGAGAGGCCAACAAAGUUCCCUCUCUCGCAUUUUCCGCAGAAGACCAGGCCACGGCACAGGUCAGCAAAGCCAUGAAGGACCUCGGCCGGACAUCUCACGUGUUUAGAUACGGGGACUACAAUGGAAUCAAGGGUAACUAUGAUACGACAGUAAACGACGAGUUUGGACCGCGGACAUUACCCCCGGCGGAGACAGCUGCGCGUGCCCUCAAAGCUGCUGACAAAGCCAGAGAACAAGCAGAGCUCAGUGGUGUCGAGGUCCCGCCAUCAGGACGAGGAGUAACUCUUCCUGAUGACAACACGAGGACCAGCCACCUCGCAGCGUACGCUAGAGAUGUCACCGUUCCUGUUGUCUUUAAGGGUGCUGCGGACGGCAAAGACUACCAGACAUCUGCUCAUUUUAAGUUUGGACAUGACCCAUCAACAGUACACAGUAUGUAUGGGAAGGACUAUGCUCUAGCGGCCAUGGCAAAGAGAGGACCACCUCAACAGACCCCAACAAAGGCUGCAGGCAAUAUUUUACAAAACGAUCCCGCAUACUCGGCAUUUGGUAGUACCAGUAACAACGUGGAUUACAGUUACCAGCCUGCACAGCCUUAUAGGAAUAAAGAAGGGAAAACCUUAAUGGAGGUUAAUUUGGAUAAGAGAGAUCAUGAUAAUAUCAUUAUGAGUUGGGACCUCAACAGACACGCCCAGGACAGACAGCGGUCUCUGGCCCACACAGACUACCAGCGCCCUCCUCCAGGCUUCAAGGGUGCGGGACAGCUAGCAGAUGCUGGAGUUAGUUAUGAUUACCUUACACCUGACGAUGCACUUCCGUACCCAGGCCUCAACAAGAUGCAAUCGGAAGCAAAGAACAACUUCAUAGGUACAUUCAUGACAGGCGGCCAUGCCACUGGAAGACGCCUUCAAAAGAACACACAAACGAAAUCGAGACUAAGUGAUGGCAAAAGUACACACUUUGUGGUGGGUUACAACCCAACGGACUUUACAACGGAAACACAGAUAAAAUAUCUAGGUGAAAAGAAGAAUGACCAAGGUCUUAAACCUGCUGGCAAAACGGAGAAUGUAGCUCCUGUUAAGUUUACAUCUCUGACUAUUAGUGAAAACACACAAGAUCUUAAAGCUGCUGAUCCCAAAAUGGUAAGCAACAAUGAAAGUCUGAUGGCACGAGCAGCCUACACCAAUCCACAGCCCGAACAUGUGAUGAGGACAUCCGUGAUGAAGGCAGACUUCAAACCUCUCCCGGAUAGAAGAUUUACUGAUGCUCAACUUCGGACGAUGAGUGAUAUGAACAAGAAAGUAAGCAAGGAGAUCGCCUCGACACAUCUUUUCCACACGGACAACUCCGGACGUAACAAUUACCAAACAACGGCAAUGAAUGAUUUCAUCAAACCGGAGACUAUGACAGGCCAGAAGUUUUUGUCAGCAAUGUAACUGUGAUACAAGUUCCAUGUGAAAGUCGGGAUAACAUAUAAAGGGGACCAAACAAGGCACUUGACUCUUCUUUACGGCGGAAAGUUACACAACAAUUCAGUCAUUUUAAUUUGUGAUAUUUAGGUGCAGUGAACAUGGAUUGUGAUACCUGGUACAUGUGUACUGAGAAUGGAACAUGUAAAUAUAUAUAUAUAUAGCAACCCAAAUGACGAAGAAAUACCCUUUUAUGGCUCGUGCCCCUGAUCGGGCUUUGAAUUUACGGCACCUAAUCGCCUGGACAGAAAUACCUGCAGCCUACACCACUACACCACACAACGUUCUAUCAAUGUAUUGUAAUAUAGAAGAGGGAUUAUGUAAUGAUAUAUGUACACUGUUAUUUAUUCAAAGAAUACCUUUAAAGUAUUAUUCGUGUUAUGGAGCCACAACACAAAAAGAAAAUGGAGCGUUUUACAAAUAAACUGGAAAAUAUGAAAAUGUAGGAAUUUUGUGUUAUGGCUCUAUUACAUCAACAAUAGUUCUAUUUUAUUGUCUAUUAAUAAAUAUAAUUCAAAAGUAACAAUUGUGAUGUUUAUUUAACGUUCCUUUGAACAAUUAUUACGCAUUUAUGUACGUAACCGAGCGACGGCGCUAUUUUUAUGUUAUGUUGAAACAACAAAACUUUUAGAAAACAAAGGUCUUGUGUCAA